UCCACCUCUUUGUAAACAUUUCAAACACCUUGAUUUCUCUUCAACCCUUUUCCAAGUUUCCUUCCAAUCCUUAAUUUCCCAAAAUCACCAAAGAAGCAAAGUUUUUUUCUUUUCUUAUUUUUCUAGACUUUCCAUUUUAAUCUAUGGAGGGAAGCUCAAGCUCUGAACUCCCACCUGGCUUCAGGUUUCAUCCUACAGAUGAGGAACUAAUUGUGCACUACCUUUGUAAUCAAGUCUCAUCACAUCCAUGCCCUGCACCUAUCAUCCCUGAAGUGGAUAUCUAUAAAUUUGAUCCAUGGGAAUUGCCUGAUAAAACAGCUUUUGGAGAAAAGGAAUGGUAUUUCUUUAGUCCAAGAGAGAGGAAAUAUCCAAAUGGGGCGAGGCCUAAUAGGGCAGCUGUGUCUGGGUAUUGGAAGGCUACUGGCACAGACAAAUCAAUCUUUAGUGGGUCUCAGCAUGUUGGGGUGAAGAAAGCUUUGGUCUUUUACAAGGGUAAGCCACCAAAGGGUGUCAAGACAGAUUGGAUCAUGCAUGAGUAUAGACUAAUUGGAACAACAACACAACCCCCUAGGCAAAUUGGGUCCAUGAGACUUGAUGACUGGGUCCUGUGUAGGAUCUAUAAGAAGAAGGCCACAGCAAAUUCACUAGAGGUAAAAGAGGAAGAAUACCCAACAACUCCAAUUGAUCUGAAAAGAGCAAAUGAAGAGUGUGAACAGAAAAUUGAUCUGAAAUUUCCAAGGACUAAUUCCCUUGCUAAUCUUUUGGAUGUGGAUUACUUGGGUUCAAUUUCACAGAUUUUAUCUGAUGGAUCAUAUAACUCAACAUUUGACUUUCAACUUAACUCUGCACAUGGUGGAACAGACCCAUUACAGCUGAUGGAAAUGCCUACUAACUCUAGUUAUGCAGCAGAUUCAGGGAAGCUACAAGUGAAACGAAACAACACCAUCAACCCAACGAUAUUUGUGAAACAAGAUUAUGACCAUAGAGGACAAUAGUUAAUCCCAAUAUAAUAGACUUAAUUAGUUAGGCAUCAUGACUAUAAGCGUCACCAAUAAAAUAGUCCUCAAGAUUCUUUGUAAAAAUGUAUAUUACAUCACCUAAUGAAUAUAUUUUCAGUGAUCUCAA